AUGUUAACAGAGGUGAGUCUCGAUAUAAACAAAUUAACUGCCUACAUUGGGGAGACCGGACUACAAAUAAGAUGUCAUGCUGAUGGAAAGAGCGUGGUAAGACCAACAUGGAUGUCUAUAGAAUUUGCUGGAUUUCAAAGUCAGCGGCCCAUGGUCUAUCUGUUUAGGAAGGACGGUGAAGAUGUCCUUGAGUGGGGUGAGGAGUUCAAUGUCACACGGCUACAGAGUCACAUCACGGCCACAGGUCAUCUGGAGGGAUCCAAAUCCUUCCUUCAGCUGGACUUCAGUCACGUGAUGUGUGAGGAUGGAGGGCGGUACACGUGUAUUUACGCAGGCCUUGACGACCAGGGAAAGCUAAGAAAAUUUUCAAUGGCAGGGGAUUUCGUUGCAAAAGCUAUUGAUGGUGGCCCUCCGAAGGUUACCUUAAAUGGUAAACUUGUGAAGUCUUUCGACUCGAUAAAAGUAUCCCCUGGUGACAAGCUUCACCUUGUUUGUGAGGGCGAUGUUGGCAAACCACGUAUUCCUAUAUUGUGGCUUUUAAAUGAAUUACCUAAGCCACAGAGAGUAUUGGGCAAGAAAGAUGGAGUCAAACAAGGUCUUCAAAUCAUCCCUGAUGACAACCUCUGUUCAUUCAGGUCUAUUGUUCACUUGUACUAUGAGAUGGGAAAUAGUAUGGCCAUACUAUCGUGUAAAAUAGCCUUCCGGAAAGUCAACAUCUUUCUUCAUCCCUAA